GGGAGAGUGGGGGUGAGGCUGGGAACGGUGGGAGCCGCUGUGUGGAGGAGCUGCUGCCGGUGUCAUGGCGGAGCUGAGCGAGGAGGCGCUGCUGUCAGUGUUACCGACGAUCCGGGUCCCUAAGGCCGGAGACCGGGUCCACAAAGACGAGUGCGCCUUCUCCUUCGACACGCCGGAGUCUGAGGGUGGCCUCUACAUCUGCAUGAACACAUUCCUGGGCUUCGGCAAACAGUAUGUGGAGAGACAUUUCAACAAGACGGGCCAACGAGUGUACCUGCACCUCCGGCGGACCCGGCGCCCGAAAGAGGAGGACGCUACUACAGGCACUGGAGACCCGCCCCGGAAGAAGCCCACCCGGUUGGCUAUUGGUGUUGAAGGCGGGUUUGACCUCACUGAAGACAAGUUUGAAUACGAUGAGGAUGUGAAGAUUAUCAUUUUGCCAGAUUACCUGGAGAUUGCCCGAGAUGGGUUGGGGGGUCUGCCUGACAUUGUCAGAGAUCGGGUGACCAGUGCGGUGGAGGCCCUGCUAUCGGCUGACUCAGCUUCUCGCAAGCAGGAGGUGCAGGCCUGGGAUGGGGAGGUGCGGCAGGUGUCUAAGCAUGCCUUCAACCUAAAGCAGCUGGACAACCCUGCUCGAAUCCCUCCCUGUGGCUGGAAGUGCUCCAAGUGUGACAUGAGAGAGAACCUGUGGCUCAACCUAACAGAUGGCUCCAUCCUCUGCGGCCGACGCUACUUCGAUGGCAGUGGGGGCAACAACCAUGCUGUGGAGCACUACAGGGAGACAGGCUACCCGUUAGCUGUGAAGCUGGGCACCAUCACACCUGAUGGCGCUGACGUGUACUCAUAUGAUGAGGAUGACAUGGUCCUGGACCCCAGCCUGGCUGAGCACCUGUCCCAUUUUGGCAUUGACAUGCUGAAGAUGCAGAAGACGGACAAGACGAUGACCGAGUUGGAGAUAGAUAUGAACCAGCGGAUCGGCGAAUGGGAGCUGAUUCAGGAGUCAAGUGUGCCACUUAAGCCCCUGUUCGGGCCCGGCUACACAGGCAUCCGGAACCUGGGUAACAGCUGCUACCUCAACUCCGUGGUCCAGGUGCUCUUCAGCAUCCCUGACUUCCAGAGGAAGUAUGUGGAUAAGUUGGAGAAGAUCUUCCAGAAUGCCCCGACGGACCCUACCCAGGACUUCAGCACCCAGGUGGCCAAGCUGGGCCAUGGCCUUCUCUCAGGAGAGUAUUCCAAGCCAGCACCGGAGUCAGGCGACGGGGAGCAGGUGCCAGAUCAAAAGGAAGUUCAAGAUGGCAUUGCCCCUCGGAUGUUCAAGGCCCUCAUUGGCAAGGGUCACCCUGAGUUCUCCACCAACCGGCAGCAGGAUGCCCAGGAGUUCUUCCUUCACCUUAUCAACAUGGUAGAGAGGAAUUGCCGGAGCUCUGAAAAUCCUAAUGAAGUGUUCCGCUUCUUGGUGGAGGAAAAGAUCAAGUGCCUGGCCACAGAGAAAGUUAAGUAUACCCAGCGAGUUGACUACAUCAUGCAACUGCCUGUGCCCAUGGAUGCAGCCCUUAAUAAAGAGGAGCUUCUGGAGUAUGAGGAGAAGAAGCGGCAAGCCGAAGAGGAGAAGAUGCCACUGCCAGAACUGGUUCGGGCCCAGGUGCCCUUCAGCUCCUGCCUGGAGGCCUACGGGGCCCCCGAGCAGGUGGACGACUUCUGGAGCACAGCCUUGCAGGCCAAGUCGGUAGCUGUCAAGACCACACGGUUUGCCUCGUUCCCUGACUACCUGGUCAUCCAGAUCAAGAAGUUUACCUUCGGCUUAGACUGGGUGCCCAAGAAACUGGAUGUGUCCAUCGAGAUGCCAGAGGAGCUGGACAUCUCCCAGUUGAGGGGUACAGGGCUGCAGCCGGGAGAGGAGGAGCUGCCGGACAUUGCCCCACCCCUGGUCACUCCGGAUGAGCCCAAAGGUAGCCUUGGUUUCUAUGGCAACGAAGACGAAGACUCCUUCUGCUCCCCUCACUUCUCCUCUCCAACAUCACCCAUGUUGGAUGAAUCCGUCAUCAUCCAGCUGGUGGAGAUGGGCUUCCCCAUGGAUGCCUGCCGAAAAGCCGUCUACUACACAGGCAACAGUGGCGCUGAGGCUGCCAUGAACUGGGUCAUGUCGCACAUGGACGAUCCAGGUAGGCAGGGGUGGGUAGUAGGAUGGGGCAGGGGCUCUGACCUCCCCAAACACUUCAACCCCUUCUCAUCCACAGAUUUUGCAAACCCCCUCAUCCUGCCUGGCUCCAGUGGGCCUGGCUCCACGAGUGCAGCAGCUGAGCCCCCGCCAGAGGACUGCGUGACCACCAUUGUCUCCAUGGGCUUCUCCCGGGACCAGGCCCUGAAAGCUUUGCGGGCCACGAACAAUAGUUUAGAGCGGGCUGUGGACUGGAUCUUCAGUCACAUUGAUGACCUGGAUGCCGAGGCUGCCAUGGACAUCUCAGAGGGCCGCUCGGCUGCUGACUCCAUCUCUGAGUCUGUACCCGUGGGACCUAAAGUCCGGGAUGGUCCUGGAAAGUAUCAGCUCUUUGCCUUCAUUAGUCACAUGGGCACCUCUACCAUGUGUGGUCACUACGUCUGCCAUAUCAAGAAGGAAGGAAGAUGGGUGAUCUACAACGACCAGAAAGUGUGUGCCUCUGAGAAGCCACCCAAGGACCUGGGGUACAUCUACUUCUACCAGAGAGUAGCCAGCUAAGAAUCUGCCCUCACCCUUACCACCAAGGGCAGGGGACAGCCCACCUGGCAUGAGGGAUAGGAGCUGAGGGAUGGAGUUCAGCCCCCUGCUCUGCACCCUUUUUCUUUUUGUUCCUGGCAGCACGGAAGAAGCUGGAGGCCAUAGGAGAAUGGCCAAGCUAUGGCAGAGGGGCUAUAGACUCUGGGGAUGGAGCAGGAAGGGGACAGGAGGUGGCUGACCACCUGUCUGUAAAGAGACUUUGUUGCUUCCCCUGUCCCUGGAAUCCACAGUGCUCUGCUUCUGUGUAACCCUGCCCAGCCCCCUGGUGUGGAGGGGAGGGGUCUUAUUUGUGUGUGUGCGUGGGUGUAGCUUUGUGCAGCCUCUUCCUGGGGAGGGAGCACCUGUGCCUCCUCCCCCCUUUGUGUUUGCCCCUGUGUGGUUGGGCAAGGAGGGAUAUGAGGGAAAUGGGGAGCCACCCUUGCCCUCCUGCCUCAGUCUCCCCCCACCGUCUCUUCCCUUUACUUCUCUGGAAAAUGCCAAAAUACACGAUGUGAAUAAAAGUACAAUGGCUAAA